CUCUCUCUCUAUCUCUCUGAGUUCGCAGCGACUUCGCUUUCUCGUUCUUUUGGCUUUCUCUUCGGCUUUGGGCUUUGGCGCAAGUCCUCUUCGGAUUCAUACUUCGUGGCCAUGAAAGCCAAGCUCUCUUAGCCCUGGUUUGCUUGUUCACGUGGGUUUCAGCGUCUUGCUCUUUAGCCAUAUGGAUCCAGUUCAAGUUGUUGACCGUGGGGAUUGUGUAUUGGAUACAUUUGAUGAGCAAUCAUUAUCUCCAGAAAGUUCUGAUGCAUAUGAUGUCUUUGGAGAACCGCAGGUAUUUCCUCGCGUGGGCGAUGAGUUCCAGGUUGAAAUUCCACCACAGAUUACAGGAUCUGACUAUCUAUGGCUUACAAAGAAUCCAGCUGAUGCAGAAAAGACAGCUGGUGAUCCUCAUGAUUUUCUAGUGGGAUUGGCUUUGACAAUAAUGUGGAUCAAUGAUGAAGUUGAGAGUAUUAAACAUGAACCACGGGAAGCUGUUGGUGAUUCAACUGAAGUAUCCGACAAAGGUGAGUCCCUAAGAUCUGAAUGCUUCAGGGAGACCCACAAUUUUUCCGAAGGUGACAGCUUAGAAGCUAAAGCUGAGCCUACAAAUAGUACAUUGGAAAAUGCGAUGGACUUGGGAGAAUCAGCAAAUGUGGCUAUGCAAAAAGAAAUGAAGAUUGAAAUGCAGGAUAUGGAUAAAGGCAAAGGCUACUGUCUAGUUCCUGGUUCCUUGGGUGACUCAUGGAGUGAUAUAGAAGAGGCCAGUUUUAUGCUUGGUUUAUAUAUUUUUGGGAAGAACCUUGUUCUGGUGAAGAAAUUUAUUGGGAGUAAAAUGAUGGGGGAUAUACUGUCCUUCUAUUAUGGAAAAUUUUAUAGGUCUGACAGAUACAAUAGAUGGUCAGAAUGCCGGAAAUUAAGAAGCAGAAGAUGUAUAUAUGGACAAAGAAUUUUUACAGGAUUGAGGCAACAGGAAUUGUUCUCUCGUUUGCUUCCCCAUGUGUCGCAAGAAUGCCAACAUACUUUAAUGGAGGUCACAAAGGCAUUUGGAGAGGGAAAAAUAUUACUAGAAGAAUAUGUAUUUACUCUAAAGGCUUCAGUUGGGCUGAAUGCUCUUGUAGAGGCAGUUGGAAUUGGUAAAGGGAAGCAAGAUCUCACAGGCCUUAUGGAGCCUCUGAAGCCCGCUCAAGCUGUUCCUGUCCGCCCAGAGAUACCGACUGGAAAGGCAUGUUCCACACUUACACCCUUGGAAAUUGUUAACUUUCUAACAGGAGACUUCCGGCUAAGCAAAGCUAGAUCAAAUGAUCUCUUCUGGGAAGCUGUUUGGCCCCGUUUGCUCGCAAGAGGAUGGCAUUCUGAGCAGCCUAAUAGUAAUGGCUUUGCUGCUGGUUCCAGGCAUUCUUUGGUCUUUAUUAUCCCUGGUAUUAAGAAGUUUUCAAGAAGGAAACUAGUGAAGGGCAACCACUACUUUGAUUCUGUUAGGGAUGUCCUGCAUAAAGUUGCUUCAGACCCAGGACUUCUUGAGCUUGAAAUAGGAGUAGAUGAUGACUAUAGAAGCAAGGAAGAAAAUGGAUGGACCGAUGAAACUAAACUGGACCAUGAAGAUUUCCCUGACCAGCAACGCUACUGUUAUCUCAAGCCACGAACUCCUAAUCGCAAUACAGAUAUUUUGAAGUUUACUGUUGUGGAUACAAGUUUGGCUGAUGGGAAAACAACCAAGGUGAGAGAACUGAGAAGCUUUCCAUCUGGAGUUAUGAACACUUUCACUGCUGGAAGUGAUUCUGAAGAAGAUGAUGACGAUAAUUCUGAGGAGUCGGUGGAUAGAUCUGACUCUGCUAAUACCCUGUGCUUCGAUAGGGAUGAGCCCAAAGCCACAAAUAACAAUUUUGAUGGGGGAAUCACUUUUAACUUGACAGGUUUAGAAAAUAAUGCUUCCAACAAGGGGUUUCCAGUCAAUGGCCUGGACGAUGCUAAUUCACCUUUGAAUAUCCCUGAUUACCGGAAGACCAGUAUUUCUAGUGACACACAGCAGAGGAAAGCUACAAAGAGCCAAUUGAGGCGGAAAAUCAGACCAGACAACAAAAACCAUUUACCUCCUCUCACAAAACGACGCCGGAAGUUAAGUGCUUGUGGCCGCACAGAGACAAACCGCAGCAAACUCAACAUCUUGGGAGAUCCGGCAUUAAGACAAGUGAAGGCCAGUGGCUCUGCACAAAACUCUGAUUUUAGUGAGAACAUUCUUUCUCAAAUGGAUACGUCUCAGGAGAAGAAAUCAUCUACCUGUUUGACUAAAGACAGCCCAAUCAUCAAUGGUGAGGGCAUUCUAGGUGGCACCUGUUUUGCUGCUGAACAUCCUCCUGAAGAACCUCAACCCAGGACGCUGAUUGACCUGAACUUACCUAUUCCUCCAGAUGCUGAAGCUGAUGAACCUUUCAUGACAGAAAGCAAAGAAAGAGAAGAUAAAACGAGCAAGGAACCAGAUGAUCCCAAUGUAGCGAAACCCUCCACUUGUGUGGCUAAUUCUGAGCAGCAGUCUAAUGUAAAUUACCGGAGACACAGCAGUAGGAGCCGACCACCGACCACUAAAGCACUGGAAGCUCUUGCUUUUGGAUAUCUAGACCCAAAGCAGAAGCGAAAGAGUAGAGACGCCUCUCCACGAGAAACCUCGAUGUUAAAACCUUCUCGACGUGCUCGUGGUCAAGUGAGAGCUACUGAGGAUUUUGGUACUAGUAUGGUGGAUUUCAAAGCUGAGGAAAGGGCAAAUGGUGUGUGUCAUAACAAUGGCGACAUGUUGACCAAGCUUCAAGUUUGACUCAAGGGAAAAGGGACUCAAAUGUCUCUGGUUUCUGAAUUCUUUAGCUGCUGAGAUGCUGAGUGAUUACAUGAGAAUGGGACUUCCAGCAAUUCUUCUUAUUUUCAUAUGCUCUGAAGAAUGCUCACUUCUUCCGACUGCAAUGGUGACCCCUCAUUACGAUGAGCUUGCAGUUCUUUCAGUCUUCUAACUGGUUAGGCAUCUGUGGCGUCGGUUACAAAUUUCACAAAUGAAAUACCAUGCUAAUCCACUUUCGAAGAGUCCGUUUACAUUGUACAAAGCUUCUGUGGUAGGAGGUACUGAGAAUCGGGAAACGAGAUGAUAAUAGAAGAUACCUGUCAUUUCAACAACAGGAGACAGAUUAGAGCUCCAUUUUCUCUACACUUCACUUUGCAGUGGCUAUGCUAAGUUAUUAGUAGCAGCAACCAAAAUACAUGUCAC